AAUCCUACAAUAAUCAUCUUAACUUUUCCAUUACCUCCACUGAAUAUUCAAACGAAUGAAGAACAAAUAACAAAAAAAAAAAAACCAAAUGGAUAAAUGGAUAAAUACCGCAUAAAAGUGCGAAGCAAGAGUCGACCUAAUAAUCAACGAUUAAGCAAACAUCAACGACGAUGAUCGAAUCGGGAUCCAAACAAGUUCCAACGAGCGUCGGGACGCCCGUCACGCUUCAAGGUGUAGGUAUAACACAAUCAAAGCAUUUAGACCGACCUUCUGGCUUGAGAAGAGUAGCUUCUGCAGAGGGUUCCAAGUUGGUGAGGGUAGCGGUUACUUGAAUGGCGGCGGCGAGUCAGUUUGUCUAGAGACUGCACGCGGUGCGUUAGGUUCUUCUAGGUGUCGGUGAAUCUCACUCUGUAUUUGUCACAGAUAUUCGCUCUCACGUUUUUCCUAUACGUUCGCGUGUAUGGAAAGUGUCGAAUGGGGUUUCCGUGAUUCGUCCAAGUUUAAUACGACGUUUGUACGUGUACAGCCGACGUUUGACGAUGUAUGCUUCGGUCGUCGGUUUGUGAGGAUUGUGGUUCUAAAAGUGGAUCGACAAUCGAGGAUGUUUUGAUUUCAAUAUUUAUAUUUCAAGAUAUAUCAACUUCUUUGAUAAUCAGAUGUGGAUGUUUAUCGAAUCUUGAAGAGAUAUAGCUCGUGCAAUGAUGUCAUACGAAUUUCCUCAUCCAGUUUCAAAGACGUACCGGUAUAAAAAAAUAACGAAGCCAUUGUUGGAAAGAAAACGACGUGCGCGCAUAAAUAAAUGUCUCGACGAGUUGAAAAAUCUUAUGAUAGAUGCGUUAGAGACGGAAGGGGAGGACAUAAGCAAGCUGGAGAAAGCGGACAUUCUGGAGUUGACCGUGCGCCAUUUACAAAGGCUGCAGAGCUCACGAUCCUCCACCGGGUUGCCGGACACCGCGACGAAGAACGACGAGGUCUCGGCCGAAAAUCGGUGGUUAUCCGGUUUCGGCCAUUGCGCAGCUGAGGCGUACAGAUUUCUCUCGGCUGUUCCAGGUGAAGGCGCGGAAAGGUUAGCGAGGCAUCUCGCAGCUGGCCUUCAAAAGAGCCGGCAAACGAACUCGACGCUGAAAACAAACGUGCUGACCCAAACUUUGGCAAGUUUGGAUCUUACUGCUGAUUUACUGGCCUCGUCGAUUCCCAUCGAUAACGUUCAAGUAGCAUCUUCCAAUCAAAAUGCGGCCACUUAUCGUGGAAGAAUUUCUGAUUCCGCAAUUACGUUUAACAUUCAAUCCGGAUGUAACAGCGGGACGACCUUAGAAAAUGGGGAAAAGUUAGAAAGAGGUUGCAUUUCCGAAAUGGCGAAAGACUCGAAGGAGGGGCAAACAGCGGAGAAAGUUAAAACUGAGAUCAAAGUUGAGGACGAAGAGGAAAUCGAUGUGGAACGCGUUGAUGAAGUUGAUCCUAUGUGGCGGCCUUGGUAAUUUUUAAAAUUCUAUUCUUAAACGUUUUAUUAUGGAGUGGAAUAUUUCAAAGUAAUCCAUUUUUGUUUCAAAAAUUUUUCUGAAAAAUUUUAUUGUUGAAUCUGUUCGAAAAGAAUUUUAUUCUUGCUUUUUUGAACUCUUUUUAUGGCUAUAUAUUAAAGAAGAGAUGUAUUUGUGAUUCUAUAACGAAGCAGAGACAAGUUUUGUGGACAAGUGUAACAAACAAUUUAGCUUGAUCACGAAGGAUAUGAAAAAUAUUUUUGCUCAUAAAAGAUUAAACGGUCAAAAUGUAUUAUU